AUGGCGGGCUUAAUCUCGCUUCUAUCUCUCCCUCGUCAUCCUCCUCAAUCCAUCGUUACCACCGCCGCUUCGUCUUCAACCGUCGAAAGUUCCAAGCCACACGCUCCUUCUUUACCACUGUCGAAGUUGUUUCCCAUAGUCACUGUUCCUAGCCAGUGCGACGAUCUCGGAUCAUCUUUCGGAUCUCGGAUCUUCUCCGGCGACGACCUCCUUCGGCGACAUCUCCUCCCGUGGGAGGUUGAUGUGAGGAAGCUUGAUAUGAAUGAGAGACAACAGAUCGUUGACAAGAUCUACAAGGUUUCUGAAGAAGAUAACGAGAAGUAUUUGAUCAAGUUCAGAAAUAGACUUGAAAAGUCAGCUAAUGCAUAUGUGGAGGCACAUGCUCCUUUUCCUUACAGCGAACCAUUUUUCGGUGGUUCAUUAGUUGCUUAUGGACCGCAGGCUGUUGGCUGCUGUGGAGGGAUGCAUAUUCUUGAUCUUGUCACUAGAGUGUGGGUUAGUCCUGAAUGCAAAUGGACACCUCCUUCGCCCCGGGAGAGCCACACGGCCGUGCUCGUUGGCGGCUAUAGACUAGUGAUCUUUGGUGGUAGUGGGGAAGGCAGAGCAAACUAUUUGAAUGAUUUGCACAUUCUUGAACUAGGAACCAUGAGAUGGACUUGCCCUGAGUUGAAAGGUGAAUUUCCUGUCCCUAGGGACAGUCAUAGUACCAUUGCCAUUGGGAACAAGCUUAUUGUAUAUGGUGGAGAUUCAGGUUAUCAGUACCAUGGAAACAUUGAUAUUCUUGAUAUGGAAACAAUGACUUGGUCUAAAUUGAGAAUUCAAGGUUCUUCACCAGGAGUCUGGGCAGGUCAUGCUGCAGUAAACAUUGGAACCAAGGUCUAUAUCAUUAGAGGGGUUGGAGAAAAACGUUACUAUAAUGACAUUUGGAUCUUUGAUAUAUGCACUUGUUCAUUAUGGACUCAACUCUAUAUAACUGGUCAACUACAUGGACUCAGCACUUAUAUCACUACAUGUUUCCUGUUCUUGGCUGUAUUGCUGUAUGAGGUUAACAAAAUCUCAGGAUCAGUGCUUUCAGUUCAAACAAGCGACUCCAGAAGUAAAAAGUAUAGUGGGAGAGGUUAG